AUGGCGGCAGUCCCCACGAUGGCGAAGGAUGUCGGGAAGAUGUCGUUUGCAAAGGUUGCUGCGGCGUCGGCCACCAAAGGCUCAAAGCCUUUUACUGCUGCCGCUCAGCCGACCGACUCUGCCAGUGCCAGAGACAAGAGAGACGAGCCCGCUCCCGUCCCCACGGUGGCACCCGACGACGCCGCCCAUUCUAGCUUGCCGGCAGAUGGCCCCACUGCGGCCCUUCAGUCUGGUGAGCCGCAGAUGGCCAGCAACCAACCGCCCGCCGACUCUAAGGCCGUCUCGGGGUUAAAGGAUCUGAAGCUGGAAAUCAGUUCGCCUCCAAAUCUCAUCGUCAACGGGUCUCUUCCCGCUCGCAAGGUCAACAAUAGUCAAACGCCGUCCGAUGAUACGUCUCAGCGAGCCGAUUCGAACUCCGAGCUAGGCACCAAGCCGCCCAGCCUGGACGGCAAAAGCAUUACUUCGGGCACUACCUUUGCUUUGGACGAGAAGGAAUCCCUGCGGCCCGACGACAGUGCCAGCAUGAAGGCCGCGGCAGAAGAUGAUGACGCCUUCUCGAUUCGCGGUUCUUACAUUGCCGGUUCUCGCAUGGGCUCUGACCUCGCCGCUCGCAUCCAACGUAUUCAGAUCGGAGACAUGCCGCCGCGUGCUCUUCCCCCGCACCACAUCCUGGUCGGGAACAAGAAUCAGGACGUCAGCACACCACAGAGCGGAGAUUCGGGCAAGCAAGUGGCAGCAGAACCCAAGGUUUCUCUGGUUGAUGGCGGGGCAACUCCCGACGGCCUAGCCCCGACCCCUUUUUACAGCCAGAACCCAGACGAUAAGCUUCUUGAAGCAAUGCAGUCUCCCAAAGAUCGCAUAUUUCUGCUGAGGCUGGAGCAGCAAGUGAUUGAGUUUGUCCAGGAUUCAAAAGAGCCUUAUAUGGAUCUGCCUCCUAGCAAUUCGUUUUGCCGGAUGUUGACGCACAGGCUUGCCGAUUACUACCAUAUGACGCACUCUUAUGAGGCAGCCGCAGGAGCAGUACGCAUCUUUAGGACCCCAUUUUGCCGGAUCCCUCCGUCCCUGUCGAGCCUUGCGGCAAGCACGCCAAACAGCAGCUCCCCUGCACCGGUCAUCUUGCCACGGAAGAUUAUGCGGCGCGGAGAAGAUGGAGAGUUUGGCCCCGCAAGCGCAGGUCCGUCCAAGCCCACGUCGGAAGCUGGUAGUGACUCCAAGGAGAAAUCAGCCUCGGCCAAUCAGAAACUCACCAGGGAAGAGCGCGAAGAGGCAUACAACAGAGCCCGGCAGCGCAUUUUUGGGAGCGUUGAGAAGACUGAGAAUUCGAAUCAGGGUAGGUCGGGCGCAAGACCCCGAUAUCAUGUACUGACUGCCUGGAUUACAGAUGGCGAAGAUAGCAAUGGUGUGUCCCGGGCCAGCUCUGUCUCCGCCAAAGACAAGCCAAAUGGCGGCAAGAGGAAGGCCAACAAGCAGCGGCGGGACGACUCAGAAAAUUUUGAGUCGCGAUCGCAGUAUAUUGCCUGGCCUCAGCAUCCGGCCUGGGGACCCUCGGCGCCCCAGUACUUCCCGGUGAACGCAGCUCCAUUCAACGCGCAGUUCCAGCCGCCGUACCCUACCCCACCGCAGUCCAUGUACCCGCCUGGCCAGGCAUAUACGCCGCCGAUGAUGCCGAACAACGGCUUCACUCCCCAAUACGCCGGAAUGCCACCUUAUCCAGUACCGCCCAUGCCUCAGGCUGUGCCCCAGACCGGACCUCCGCCGCCGCAACCGGGUUACCGGGCUCCUAAUGCUCCUCCCGUGGGCGGCCCGUACGGCAGCCCCGUGCCCAAUGCUGCACAGCCGGCUUGGCCGCAGCAGGGUUUCGCCCAGAACGCUUACCCCCCACGCUCUAGCCCCGUCCCGCCUGCGGGAAUACCGUAUGCUUACGGCCAGCUUCCCGCAAAUGCCAACCCGAAUGACCCCAAGAGUCAGCAUCCGAUCCCAGGCAGUUACAACCGUCAAGUUUUCAAUCCGAAAACGCAAUCCUUUGUCCCAGGUAACGGACUCCCAAUGCAACCCCCGGCGCCGCCGCCGGCCGGUCCUUAUGGAGGAUCGAGCCCUCGCCAUGGUAGCCCGCAGUUCCCAUCGCCGCACAUGAGCUACGGUGGGUUCCAGCAACCGUUGCCACAACCAGGGUUUGGCCCGGUUCCCGGGCCAUAUGGUAUGACGAGACAGGGCUCCAAUACUUCGAUACCGUCGUACCACCCUGUGCAGCAGCCUGUCCAUGUGCCAGCGCCCCACGGGCCACAGCUUAUGCCUCCGAGCGGCCCCAUGCAUAUGCCCAACAAACCUGCCGGGCCCGCGGGAAUACCAGGCCAGACGUUCGGUCAUCUUCCCAACUACGGCAACCCCGCGACGUUGCCGCAGAAGCCCUCCACAUAG